AUGAACGUCUUGGGAAAGGUCAGAUCAAAAUCUUUGUUCACGAAACCUUCUCGUCUCGUCUUUUCUAACAACUAUUCUCAGCCGAAAAUGGUGAAGCGAUUGGUGAAAAAUACUGUUGAGCUUAAUGAGACCGAAAAGAAAAUUAAGAACCUUUUGGUGUCAUUCUGUGAUGAGUACAACCAACAAGUAAAGCCAGAAGACCGUUUGGAAUUGCGGAUUACAGGAGGUUGGGUCAGAGAUAAGUUGUUGGGAAAAGAGAGCAAUGAUCUUGAUAUCGCUAUCAAUUUGCUUAGCGGGCAGGAUUUUGCCAGCAAGUUGCUAGAGUACUCUCAGCAAAAGGGCAUGGAUUUGGGCAAAAAUGCUACCAGUUUACACACCAUCAAGAAGAACCCUGAAAAAUCGAAGCAUUUGGAGACAUGCACCACGAAACUAUUCGGUUUGGACAUUGACUUCGUCAAUCUCAGAAAUGAGCAGUAUACCGAAGAUAGUCGAGUGCCGGUGAUCGAAUGUGGGACAGCAGAAGAGGAUGCAUUGCGAAGAGACGCUACACUAAACGCUCUUUUCUAUAACUUGAACAAAAGCGAAAUCGAGGAUUUCACAGGGAAAGGGCUCGCGGAUUUAGAAAAUGGUAUUUUAAGAACUCCUCUUCAACCGUUACUGACAUUUGUGGAUGAUCCAUUGCGAGUUUUGCGGUUGAUACGGUUUGCGUGUCGCUUCAACUUCCAAAUCGAAUCAUCGACGCUAGAAUCCAUGAAAGAUGAGAAGAUUAAAACAGCGCUUAUCCACAAGAUCAGUCGAGAGAGGGUGGGUGUGGAAAUGGACAAAAUCCUCACGAGUGACAAUGUUCCAUAUGGUCUUCGAUUGCUCAAUCACCUUGGUUUGACCGACACCGUUUUCAGAGUAGGUGAUCUCGCCGAAGUUAUUAAUGAUAUCAAUGAUUCGGCAACAAUUGAAAGAUUGGAAGAGGCAAAAGAAGCAUUAAAACUUAAAGUGGACCAAGCUACUCAAUCCUGGGACUCCUUUAUUGAAGUUAUGGCUUCCCAUCCUGACUUGGAACUCAGCAAAGUUAUGAAACGGCUUUUUUCUUCCAAGCAUGGCCAAAAGCUUUUCUGGUUGUGUGCUAUAUUACAUCCUUUUGGUGGCAUACAGGUGAAAACAAACCCAAAGAAGGCGUCGUACUCUUCUUACGUUGAAUUGAUCAUCAAGGAAGGACUAAGAUUUGGAAAAGCCGACUACGACUCGACCUCUUUGGUAUUGGACAAGAUGUAUACCAAUGAUACGUUGAGUCAAUUCUUCGCAAGCCCUGCAAAUUUAUCCCGGGCUGAUCUUGGAAUGUAUAUUCGCCUUUUCGGCGACUACUUCGACUUGAAUAUUGUCGCUAACUCAUUCCAUGAUAUCUUGAGUCUGUGCUCCCUUCCAGAUUGUACAGAAGAAGUGCCAACACAUGAGACAAGAAAUGGAGAAAUAAACCCACAGAUCCUUGAGAGCACGUUUAAUAGAUACCAAACAUUGGUAAUGGCCAUAAACAAGUACGGUUUGGAAAACGUGAAAACAUUGAAACCAAUAGUGGACGGAAAAGUCAUCUCUAAGGCGCUACAAAGAAAGCCCGGGCCCUGGAUGAGUAAAAUCACUCUGGAGGUUAUGAAGUGGCAGUUGAACCAUCCAGAGGGUACGCAAGACGAAUGUAUUCUACACAUUAGGGAAUUUUUGAGAGACGAAUCUCCAUAA